CUGUAUUUUUGUAACAUAAGCUGGUCGUUGUUUUUAUUGUAUAUGUUUAUUAAAUUAUUUUUAGUAGAAAUUUAAUAGACGGUUCUGUAUGGAAGCGUUAUCAAUAUAGCAUGAUGUCUGGAUGUCGAGCAAUAAGUGAUUAAAUCACAGAUUUGUGCCACUUUAAAGUUAAUCCUUGGCAACGUCGAAUUUAUUACUCGGUUCGGAGUCGGCUCUACAGAAGAAUCGACUCUUUUUAGAGUCGACUCCCAGGCAGAAACACAGCUCUGAGAGAUGUGCCAGCUGAGGACAGAAAGAAUGUGCUGAAACCGCAGAGUGGACAUGAACCAGUCUCUCCAUGAUGAGUCAAACUGAGAUUCAAUAAUGGGAAAAAAAAACCAAAACAUUAAGCUCUUCUGUAUUUUGACAACACUGUCAAGAAAGAUAAGCAGAUGGAGAUGGCAGGGCCGAGCAGCAGCAGCACACGGAUGAUGAAGAGGAAGGGCUGGGGAGGCCUGCGACAGCGCUGGAAGCUCUUGGGUGUGUUCGAAAUCGACCCACAGCAUGAGUUCUACCUGCUCACCUGCAUGAUGAAGGAGGGACUGGCUGCUGCUGUACAGAACACCAUCGACAACCCAAUACCGAAUGAACUCUCUGAAGAUGAUUACCGACUCGAGGUGACCCAAAUCCAUAAGGACUUUAGGAUGGAGACGUUUGCAGGGCCGGUGUUUGCCAGCCUGCGGCGCUCUCUGGGGAUGACAGAGAAAGAGUAUCAGCGUUCUCUGUCCUCUGAAGGCUGCUACCUGCAAUUCAUCAGCAAUUCAAAGAGCAAAGCGGAUUUCUUCCUAACGAAUGACAAACGGUUCUUCCUGAAGACGCAGAGCAGAAGGGAAAUUCGAUUCCUUCUCUCUCAUCUUAAGCAUUACAUGGAGCAUCUGGAGAAGUAUCCCCACUCUCUCCUGGUUAAGUUUUUAGGUGUUCAUAGCAUCAAGAUCGACCAUCGGAGGAAGUAUUUUAUAGUGAUGCAAAGUGUCUUCUAUCCAGAUGAAAGAAUAUGUUCCAGAUAUGAUAUCAAAGGCUGUGAAGUGAGCCGGUGGACGGACCCAGCACCCGAGGGGAGUCAGGUCAUCGUUGUUCUCAAGGACCUCAAUUUUGAGGGAAAGUUUAUUACAUUAGACCAACAGCGACCCUGGCUGUUGCGUCAGGUGCAAAUCGACACGUCUUUCCUCCAGACCCUGAAUGUACUGGACUACAGCCUCUUGCUGGCUCAUCAGCCGCUGCAUCAGGACGAACGCCAUCCCAGCCUGUCCUUCGCCACUCUCAUCAUGCGUACCAAGAAGUCAGUGAACACGUGCUCCGGUGCUGCUGUCCCAGGAGUGGUGCCUGAGGACGAGUCAACCAUACAAGCCACAGAGCUGGAUUCAGAGCCGUCUCUGCGUGGCAGAUUCACAGAGACAUCUCCGGCUGAAUUUGGAGCACAGAACAAGGGUGCUUCAAAGGCUGGAUCAGAAUCGGCUGAACUGAUGGAGUUUCAGACACAGAACCGGCGACUGCUGCCUAACUUCAAAAAUCCGAUUCACGUAAUAGACGGGCCAGAGCAGCGAUAUUUCAUUGGCAUCAUUGACAUCUUUACUGUUUAUGGCUUCAAAAAGAGGCUUGAACACCUGUGGAAGAGGCUGAGACAUCCUAGACAAAGUUUCUCCACCGUCAGCCCUCCUGCUUACUGUCUCAGACUGUGCCACUGGGUACAGGACCAUACCAAUUAGACUAUGAUUUUGGGGAGGGAGGGUAUGACUGGAAAAUGAAACGAUUUGCUGAAAACAUGUUGUAGGUACACACAGACGAUCAUAUUAAAGCUAAAUAAAUAAAUAAAUAAAUAAAUAAAUAAAUAAAUAAAUAAAUAAAUAAGAGUGUCUGUGUGUUGGCUAGCAUGUAGCCACAAUGCAAACAUAAGAGCUUACUACUAAAGGGCUUUGGUUAAACAGAACAGGAUUACUUUACAGGCACUACAAUCCCAUCACAAAGACACAACAAUAUCAUAUUUAAAAGUUGAGUCUGAUUUGCACUUCAUAAGAUCGUAUAGAAAAGUAGAAAGCAUUUUUUUUUUGUGCUAACAUUGUGGCUACAUCUGAAAAUCUGCUCGGUAAAAGCGGAAUUAGGAUACAUGGAGGUUUUUUUUGUGGUUAAAAUAAACAAAGCUCCAACGAGAUCCAGCCGCAGCAUCCGUUUUCCAAAGCCGUGCAAAUGAGAAUACAUUAUAUUACAGAUCUGAUAUGAAGUACAAUAAAAUAGUAAACAUU